AUGCCAGGACAACUAACUCAACUGGUGCAGGCAGCGGCCAAGCCGUUGCCUGAUAUUAGAGAUCCAUUGUUUGGCCAGAUGUUUGACACAUUCCGCAACUAUAAAGUCGUUCUUCUAGGCGAUGGUAGCCAUGGUACAUCCGAGUUCUACAGUGCUCGAGCAGAAAUUACAAAACAUCUGGUCGAAUUUCAUGGCUUCAACAUGAUUGCGCUCGAGGCCGAUUGGCCCGAUGCUGAAGCUAUCGACCGCUAUGUACGUCUCCGUCCUGGACCUAAAGGGCGAAUUGGAGGUAGAAGCAAGAUCGAGCCAUUCAAGCGGUUUCCAACAUGGAUGUGGAGAAAUCGUGAAAUGCAAGAUCUCGUUGAAUGGAUGCGCGACAGAAAUGCCAAGGUUCGACCCGAGGAAAGAGCUGGGUUCUAUGGGUUAGAUCUCUAUAGCAUGGGGGAAUCGGUCAAGGCUGUUGUUGACUAUCUCGAUCGGGUUGAUCGGGAACUUGGCAAGAACGCCCGUAAACGAUAUGGCUGUCUAAAUCCAUGGGUUGAAGAUCCGGCUUCCUACGGACUCGCGGCAUUGCAAGGAAUGGAGAACUGUGAGAGCAAGGUUGUCCAGAUGCUCAAGGAUCUCCUUCAGAAGCGAUUGGAGUAUAGCGCAUCUGAACAUGAUGGCGAAUCCUUCCAUAGUGCUGAGCAGAACGCUCACGUGGUGCGUGACGCAGAAAAAUACUACAAAGCCAUGUAUUAUAGCUCGGCGAGCUCGUGGACACUACGUGACACGCACAUGUUCGACACUUUGGACCGAAUGUUCCAGUUCAAGCCUCCCAGGAGCAAGGCCAUAGUGUGGGCGCACAACUCGCACGUUGGAGAUGCCCGCUUCACCAGUAUGGGUCAACGACGCAAAGAGAUCAACAUUGGUCAACUCUGCCGAGAGCGAUAUGGCCGCGAUAAUGUGGCUAUCAUAGGAUGUGGUACGCACACGGGAACCGUGGCGGCAGCGCAUGAAUGGGAUGAGGACAUGGAAGUAAUGCGCGUCAAUCCAUCACGAACAGACAGCUGGGAAUACGUUGCACAUAGCACUGGUAUUCCGAACUUCCUCCUCGACUUGCGUCCAGAUUUCGCUGGCUCGCAACUCCGGGAGGCUUUUGCUCAGGAGCCACCAAAGCUAGAGCGUUUCAUAGGCGUCAUUUAUCGCCCAGACACGGAGCGAGUUUCGCAUUAUUCGCAGGCCUAUCUACAUAAUCAGCUAGAUGCGUAUGUCUGGUUCGAUCGAAGCUCAGCUGUGAACCCUCUUGAAAGAGUACAGCCUCGGACAGCUCUGGGUAAAGAAGAGACGUAUCCGUUUGGAAUGUAG